GUACUAUAAUUUUAUGGUAUUGUUUUUAUUAUUCUUAUUUUUAUGUAUCUAACCGGUAAAAAAAAAAAUUCAGAUAAUCUAAAACAAAGGAAAACAAUGUUGGGAGUGUUACGCAAAGGCGGAAGAAUGAUAUGCUCGCUUCUCACCCAAGCACCAUUCCCUCUCGCUUAUUGUAGCUCUCCUUCUUCAAUUUACGAAGCCAAACCUUCUGGUUAUCUCCCUCGCUUCUCCUCGGGUUUUCUGUGUCCAAUUUCCUGCUCUGCAAUCCGAGCGUUGUGUUCGAAAUCCGGUAAAGUGGGAGGAAUGGCGUCGUCGCUGCAAAAUCAGGGUUCUAUUACGUACCUAACUCAGCGAGAAGCUGCCGAGAUUGAUGAGAUUCUCAUGGGUCCUCUUGGCUUUAGCGUUGAUCAGUUAAUGGAAUUAGCUGGUUUAAGCGUCGCCACAUCGAUGGCUGAGGUUUAUAAACCAAGCGAGUAUAAUACGAGAAUGUCAAAUAUAUAUAUUAUGCAUGUUGCCACGUGUAGACGCUCGGGUAGCUAAGAAAUAAAGACGCCC